AUGCCUGAUAAUAAGGUAAAUCCAACUCACAGCAAGUCAACCGGAUUGCCGCGAAAGCGCUUCUAUAGAGCACGAGCUCAUAGCAACCCGUUAAGUGACUCUCAUUUCCCUGUGCCGUUAACACCCGCUCAUGUUGACUAUUCUCUCCACUAUCCUCAAGCUGAUAGUUCCAAAAAGAUCAAGUUUGCUGAUAUUGGCUGUGGUUUUGGAGGACUGCUCAUUAGUCUCUCGACUCUGUUCCCGGAAACACUGAUGAUUGGAAUGGAACUUCGAGAUAAAGUGAGUGAGUAUGUUAAGGAGCGGAUUUUAUCUUUAAGGGUAGCGAAUCCGGGGCAAUACCAAAAUAUUUCUGUGGUUCGAACUAACUCCAUGAAGUACAUUCCGAAUCACUUUGAGAAAGCACAACUCUCGAAGAUGUUUUUCCUGUUUCCUGAUCCUCAUUUUAAAGAGAAGAACCAUCGUCGUCGGGUUAUCAGUCCGUUCUUACUAGAUGAGUAUGCUUAUGUUCUUGAGGUUGGUGGAAUUAUAUACACGAUAACAGACGUGGAAGAGCUUGGGGAAUGGAUGAAGUCUUGUUUGGAGAAUCACCCUCUGUUUGAACCGUUGACUGAGAAAGAACUUGAAGUGGAUCCAGCUGUUAAGCUUUUAAGCUCUGCUACUGAAGAAGGCCAAAAGGUUGCUAGGAAUGAUGGACAGACUUUCCAAGCUGUUUUCAGACGCAUUGCACGAUCUGAUCAGAGUGUAGUUCAGGAUGUAAAACAUGUUCGAUUUGUCACCAGCGACAGUUUUGGUUCAAUAUAUGAUUAUUCAAUUUUGCAAAGUUAA